UAGGCUUGGACGCCAUUACCUAGUUCUCCUUAGCAUCUCUUCCUGAACUGGGAGGUUUCCAAGGUAACUGCAGCUGGGCAGCAGCGGGAUACAAGCGUAAGUGACGCUCGGAAGUGACGCUCUCCGCUUGCGCCGGCAGUAAGUGUCUUCGAAGAUGGCGGCGCGCAAAAAUAAGCGGCGCACGUGUGAAACUGGGGAACCCAUGGAGGCUGACUCUAGCGACGCCGCUUCUGAGGGCUCGACCCAGGUGUACCUCCCUGGCCGGGGACCCCCGCUGCGUGAAGGAGAAGAGCUAGUCAUGGACGAGGAAGCCUACGUGCUCUACCACCGAGCGCAGACUGGAGCCCCAUGUCUCAGUUUCGACAUAGUCCGGGAUCAUCUGGGAGACAGCCGGACAGAAUUGCCUCUUACACUUUACCUCUGUGCUGGAACUCAGGCAGAGAGUGCCCAGAACAACAGACUAAUGAUGCUUCGUAUGCACAACCUGCAUGGGACAAAGCACACAACACCAGAGGACAGUGAUGAAGAGGAGGAGGAAGAUGAAGAGGAUGAAGAGGAAAGGAAGCCCCAGCUGGAGCUGGCUAUGGUGCCCCACUAUGGUGGUAUCAACCGAGUCCGGGUAUCAUGGCUGGGUGAGGAGCCAGUGGCUGGGGUGUGGUCAGAGAAAGGCCAGGUGGAGGUAUAUGCGCUGCGGCGGCUUCUGCAGGUGGUAGAAGACCCCCAGGCCUUGGCAACCUUUCUCCGGGAUGAGCAGGCCCAUGUGAAGCCCAUCUUCUCCUUCGCCGGCCACAUGGGCGAAGGCUUUGCGCUAGAUUGGUCCCCCCGUGUGCCUGGGCGUCUGCUGACUGGUGAUUGUCAAAAGAAUGUCCACCUCUGGACGCCAACAGAUGGUGGCUCCUGGCACGUGGACCAGCGACCAUUCGCAGGCCACACACAGUCUGUGGAAGACUUGCAGUGGUCUCCAUCUGAAGACACGGUAUUUGCCUCCUGCUCUGCUGAUGCCUCCAUUCGUAUCUGGGACAUCAGGGCAGCCCCCAGCAAGGCCUGCAUGCUCACCACCACUGCUGCCCACGAUGGCGAUGUCAAUGUCAUCAAUUGGAGCCACCGGGAGCCCUUCCUGCUCAGUGGUGGGGAUGACGGGGCCCUCAAGGUCUGGGACCUGCGGCAGUUCAAGUCUGGCUCCCCUGUGGCCACCUUCAAGCAGCACGUGGCCCCCGUGACCUCCGUGGAGUGGCACCCCCAGGACAGCGGGGUCUUCGCUGCCUCCGGUGCAGACAACCAGAUCACACAGUGGGAUCUGGCAGUAGAGCGGGACCCUGAGGCAGGUGACCUGGAAACCGACCCAGGACUGGCAGACCUUCCCCAGCAGCUGCUGUUCGUGCACCAGGGAGAGACGGACCUGAAGGAGCUGCACUGGCACCCACAGUGCCCUGGGGUUCUGGUCAGCACAGCCCUGUCCGGCUUUACUGUCUUCCGCACUAUCAGUGUUUGAGGUGGUGGUGCAGCGCCGUGCCAGCCUUCCCAUCGGGAGCCGCAGCCGAAGCUGGUUUCCCAGGAAGGGACUCAGUCAGAUCUGCCGAGCGUGCCCCAUCCCAGAGGACUUUGAUCCGCCAGGAUAGAUUGUAUUUAUGAUUGUUCUCUAAAAAGAUUUGUUUGGGUCCGGUGGCCCCCCUCUGCCAAAGGAGGUAGUUUCACCUGUUUCUCUCAACUUACUUGGUUUGGCUUAGUGCUGCCUCCUCCAGGGGCCUGGGUUGGAUCAGGGGCCUGUGAAACCACUGCCGCCCGCCUGCUGACACACUCCUGCUGGUCGCAUGUUUCCCUCGGGCCUAGUGCUGUGACUGUUGACAGUUGUGGCAGUGGCUUGACCUGCAGGGCCUCGGCCCUGGGACGCAGCUCUGGCUGCUGGUUUCCCCUGGGAACUCGAGUGCCGUCGCCUGCCUGAUCACGCCUGAGGGAUGGGUUCCUCCCAACAGUCUGGGCUUGUACCUUGACUCAGUAAGCCAGGUUGGGCUAGGAAUUCCCAGCUUGGGUUGCAUGAGCCUCUUUCCUGUGGAAAGACAGACACUGCAGGAAGAGUGUCGGCGCUGCUGGGGUCAAUAAAGAACCAGCGCAAGGCCUGGUGUGUGAGUGCGAGGCUUGUCUGUCUGGCCACUGCCCUCUGAAACAGGAGCAGGAGGCAGGAAGGUGGCACCCUACUGUCCUGGGCCACUAGAAAUCCGGCCUUCAACCCACUGGGUAUUCCUUUCCCCAUUUGAUUCCAUCUGAAACUCAUUCUAGGUCCCCGGCAGAGCUAGCUCACCUGUGACAUCAACAUUUUAAAGCUCCGUCUAGGGCAAAGGAACCUCCCUCCCCCACCAUUCGUUUGUUCCCUACCACUGUCCCCUUCACCAUUAUCAUAUUGCUUUGUCCAUGCCCCUCUCAUCUCCACCCCAGUUGUAUUCUAUCUUUGUGUGUCUCUGCCCUACCCCAACCCCCCCCUUCUCCUCUGCCACUGUCUCCUCUCCAGCUUUCUUGGGCUGCAGCCCAGCCACUCUGCCUGGCCUUUCUCCCUGGCUCCCCCUCUGCGGCUCUGGGCUGGCCCCACCUCCUGCUCCACCCCCCCAAGCCAGGUCUCUGAUCCUCCAGUGGACACAGGUCGGUUGGUCUGUCGGGCACCCGGCACAAAGUCCCUGGGGCUAGAAACAGACAGCAGCCCCUCAGCACCCACAGAAGCUUCCCUUUGGUCCUGGCACAGGAGUCCCUGGUGGAGGGCAUGGGGGUGGGCCGCCCCACCAGGUAAGUGCCUCUGGGCUGCCCCAGCGUGGGCCUUGGGCCUAAGAGCCAUCCCAUGUCCUUUUGCCCCCCCCCUUCCUGCUUCAGGGGACUCUGCCUCCACAUUCCCCCAUUCUUGUUCUUCAUCUCAGUGACAAAAAUACAAUCCCUAUCCCCCAAAUCUGAUCUCACCUCUGUUUCCUUUCUAACUUGCCCUUUCCUACUGUCUGUCUCAUCAGGAACGUCUACCCAUCUCUGGCUCUUCUGACACUGUCCCCUCCCUUCUUUCCAUCUUUUCAGCUCCUGCCUUGAGUUCUUUUCCUAAGAAGUAGUCUAGUCUGCCUGUCUUUCCUCUGCUCUCUGCCCUGGGCCUGACCCCCGCCCCCAUCAUGUGCUCCUCUCCCCCUCAGCCGCCCUGCAGAUCCACUGCAUUCCUCCUCUUAGACCUCCUCACAGGUCUGCCUCUUAGCACCGUCUCUCCGUGUUCAUCUCUGGCCUCAAUAUCAUUUUCAGCUUCUCUGCCCAUAUCUCUUUCUGCCAACCUCUACCCUCCAACCUACUGCCAGACCCGUGGUAGGUGGGGAGCCAGGAGAACACCCAGGGUGGUGGGAAUGGCAUGGAAAUGUUUCCUUUGGGGGAAGGGAAGUGGUGGCCAAGGGGCAGGGCUUCUUGGCCUCAGAUUAGACAAUGACUUUGACACCAAGUUCAUUCACCUUAAGCCCUGCGUCUCCUUUAUAUGGAAACGUUAAGCUUCUCUUGCAGGUUGGGGCAGAGAUGGGGGAGGGAUGGAGGAGGAGGACUUGAGGCUGUGGAUCCUUUUCUCUCCCAUCCCACCUUUAUGAGAAGUGGAGGUAAUGAGCUCCAGUCACAUCCACUGCCUGUGAAUUGAGUCAUACUGGACAUGAACCGCCCCCCCUCCCCAGAGGUAAAGAGCCCCAUCUGGCUGUGUGGCAUGAACAGGGUCACACCAGCCUGGUGGGUGAAGGUAGGACUGGGAUUUAGGAGGCAGAGCCCUGGGUUGGAAAGAUCCCAAAUGGUACUCCAUUCCUGGCACUGCCUGGGUUUGGCCAGGCCUCUAAACCUGUUCACCAAACUGAAAUGGGGCAAGGGUACUGACGUCCCAGUGUCCUGAGCAGUAAGGUGAGUGGACUGUGGGCACUCAAUGAGCAGGGUCAUCUUAAGUGCACAGGGCAUGUUUGGUGAGGUGGUCUGGGUCAGCGAUCAGGCUCUGGCACCCAAGAAGCCUAGGUGGGCAUCCAGUGUCAUGCCCACCAGGUACUGAGACAAGGUUUCUGGUAAGAGAUGAGGACAUGGGUGUAGGGUACAGCCAAAAGGGGCUGCAGAUGUAGAGGUCAUAGCUUUCAGCAACUGGCCUGUUUCUCCUUUUCAGAACAGUGUCUAGCACCCCAGGUAAUUACCAUCAUGUGCUCAAGUCCACUCUAAGAGCCUCAGCAUCAUCCCAUGGAAUGGGCCUACUGACACUCCAUACGGUCACUGGGGUAGAGGGUACCUUCUGGUGUAGACCAUGACUUUAGCUAACAGCCUCUGAAGUCCAUGAGGAGCCCCAGAGUCUGGCACCAGGGACACCUGUUCUUUAGGUGCUUGGUAAAUGUGAUGGAACUGUAUGCAAAAUAUGUAAUCCCUGGGCCCUUCCUGGGGGCGCAACAGGUUAAAGCACAGCACCACGAAGCUAGUCACAGUUGCUUCAACACAG